GAACACGUCAGUUCAGAUGAACUCGAUAGUUAAACAGGCCGAGAAGUUUUAUCUCAGAAACACACUCGAUUUGUCCGGACUCUGAAUAUUGAUUAUAUUCUGACUGUCCGAAGGGUUUAUCGAUACACGUUCGACACUGGAGGGCGUUUGGAGACGUCUCCGCGGGUGUUAGGGAGUUUUGAACAGGCGGCUGCUGGUGCUGGUGGAAAAUGCAUCUGUUUCCAUGGAGUGUAUGGUUUGUUGUGGUGUUGUGUGUUUUGCCUGCUGCACUUGCGGACGCUGAAGAUGCUUCGCUGUUGGGCGGCUGGCAGGAUGUUUGGCUCUUCCGUUUGUUUCUCAAUGUUUUGGGCUACGCCACCAUCAUCAUCCCUGGAUAUUUCCUCAUCAGCUACUUCAAACGGAUCAACUAUCUAGAAACAGGUCGUGGUCUUUGUUUUCCUGUCAUAAAGACCUGUGUGUUUGGGAAUGAGUCUAAGGCAGGACUGUUGGAUGAUGUGUCAUCGGCACCCAGAAAUGAAGCUGAAUCCAGAUCAUCAGCUCGACAGGCCAUCAAGUUGAUUUUCUGUGCAGCUGGACUCCAGGUGUCGUACCUGACAUGGGGCGUUCUUCAAGAACGGGUGAUGACACGCUCUUACGGCGCCACAGAGGUUGAAGGCAGUGGCGAGCGCUUCAAAGACUCACAGUUUCUGGUCUUAAUGAACCGUAUUCUGGCAUUGACAGUGUCCGGACUGUGUUGCGUUAUGUUUAAACAGCCUCGCCACGGCGCACCAAUGUACAAAUACUCCUUCGCUUCACUCUCGAACAUUCUCAGCAGCUGGUGUCAAUAUGAAGCGCUCAAAUACAUCAGUUUUCCAACACAGGUGUUAGCCAAAGCCUCUAAGGUGAUACCCGUGAUGCUGAUGGGCAAGAUUGUCUCCCGCAAAAGCUAUGAAUACUGGGAGUAUUUCACUGCUGUCCUGAUUUCAGUGGGCGUUAGCAUGUUCCUGCUGUCCAGUUCCACCAACAAACAUCCGUCCACUGUCACAACCUUCUCGGGCAUCAUCAUCCUGGGCGGAUACAUCGUUUUCGAUAGCUUCACCUCCAACUGGCAGGACAACCUCUUCAAAUACAAGAUGUCGUCCGUCCAGAUGAUGUUUGGCGUGAACCUCUUCUCAUGUCUCUUCACAGUCGGCUCUCUCCUGGAGCAAGGUGCAUUCUUCGAUUCCCUAGCGUUCAUGGCGCGUCACUCUGAGUUUGCUUUCCACGCAGUUUUGCUGUCUGUUUGCUCAGCAUGUGGUCAACUGUUCAUCUUCUAUACCAUCGCACAAUUUGGAGCGGCUAUCUUCACGAUAAUCAUGACUCUACGCCAGGCCAUUGCUAUUCUUUUGUCCUGCUUCAUCUACGGUCACGCGGUCACCAUGGUGGCCGGCUUUGGCGUGGCUGUGGUCUUCCUCGCCCUUUUCCUCCGCGUCUACGCCCGUAGCCGCAUGAAGAAGGCUAGCAAACCAGCGACGCAAACGCCAGUUCAGAAAGUUUAGACGAACAAAUGCCGGAAAACGGACGUGUACAGAGACCAUAUUUUUGUGGUUUGCUUUUCUUUGGUGUACAACUUUGCAGGUUUGUAUUUUGUAAGGUCAAAUGGUACAGAAAGGGAUUAUUCUUGGUUUCAAAGGGAUUUAGGCUUGUUUGUAUGUGCACGUUACUUGACGUUUCUAUGGGAAUGACUUGAUGAGCCAUCGAGUGUACAAGGACUUCAGAGUGAUGAGCCUUUCAAAUCUUUGUAAUUUGGUACUAAAAAACGUCACACUUUUAGUUUUUUUCAUUUAAAUAUUGCUUUAGGAAGUUAUCUGAAGAAAUGUAGAUUUUCAAGAGGAAUACAAAGUGUUGUGGUUGAGAUGCCGUACGAGUGUCAAGUCAAGUACGAUUUGUCAAGUUAUUUCCAUUGUUAUAUUAUAUUCCCAAUAUUUUCUCUUGAAAACAUGUCCGGGUCAUAUUUCAUACCAAAAUCAAAAGAAAAACAACCUUAUAUUUGUCUGAAGAAAAUGAAGCCUAUUUUUUAGUCCCAUUUCGAUUUGUUGCAUUGGGACUGUGCAAUUUUUAUUUUAUUCAUUAUUUUAUUUUAUUAUUUUUUGCAUUAUGGUAAUGAGGCAAAUGUUCUUGACGUUUUUGUGAGACUGACCCUUAGUCAUAAACGAGUGAAUACCUUGAAAACAUCAAAAGAAGAACAAAAGAGACAUUGUAUUUUGCAUAAAUAAAAUGAAGCCAAUUUUAAGGACCAUUGAGAUUUUCUGCAUUGGGACUAUGCACGUUUCUGCGUUGUUUUUUUCCCCAAUACGGCAAUGAGAUUUUGUGAGGAAAAUGUGCUUAAUUGUCAUGAAAAUUUCAAAAACGUAUUGUGAUUUAAAAUAAUGUCAAUGCCAAAAAUGUUAAUGGUCCUAAAAAUAGGCUACAUUUUCUUCAAUGUAAAAUAUAAUUUCUCAUUAUUUUCUUUUUGGGGUGAAACGACAUGUUCUUAAAAGGUUUUGUAAGAUUCACCCAUAAUCAUAAACCUGAUAACCGUGUUCAUGCCAACAAAUAAUUUGGUUAAUAAUAUGAAGCUGCUCCUAAUAAAAAUGUUGAAAAGUUUAUAA